AGACACUAAUAGAAAUGAAUCCAUUAAAUAAGUAAUUAUUGAGUACUUAUGGCUUAAAAAAGAUAAAGAAAUAAUCCAAUUAUAGUUGAUGCAAGAAUACCUAACAGAAUAAUUAAGUAAAAUGAAGAUAACACAAAUACUUAUUUGGUUUCUUAUGGUAAUAAUUAUGUUUUGGAGGACAAGAACUACAUGGAAGUCAAUUAUCCAGAAUUAGUUGAGGAUUAUAAUUUGUUUAUUGCAACAGGGGAAAGAUAUGAUUAGGAAUUUCUAUAAUAAAAGGCUCUAUAGUUUGCUUUAUUUUAAAUACAGGAAAAUCCAAUAAUAGAAUAACAACUAUUAGAAAAAAAUAAAAAGGUCUAGUCCAAAUAAUAGAGAAAAAAGACAAUAAGAUAUAAGUGUUUGAAUUUUCUUGAUAUAUAAAUAAAUUCAUCUAUGAAGGAUAAAAAGUUAGCAAUUAAGAUGAAAGCUAAUGAAGGCAACAUAACUAAUUUUCCUAGUAUGGAAAAAUUAAUAAAAAUCACUCACGAAUUGUAAACAAUUGGAUAUACAUAAGAUGAAUUGAUAGUAAGUUUUACACUUAAGAAUCAUUAGGAAUGUACAGAAGAUAAGCCUAUAUUAGUAGAUGAUAGUCAAUUUGAUAAAAAUAUAAAGUUAAAUGAUUGA